AAUCGUCUGACGGGAAGGAGUGAGGGAGAGGGAAAGAGAAAAGAAAAAGAUGAGAUCAGCAUUAUUUCUCAUCGUUGCCUUCGCUGGUAUGCUCCAAGUGGGCGAAGCCUUCCAGACCGGAGGGCUCCGUCCCAACCUGAUGCUGCGUCAAACACAGUCGGCACAGUGCCGCCAUCGAUCGAAGCCGUUCACUGUAGUUGCACUAGCUGCUCCCCCUCCCCCUCCUCCUCCCCCUGCUCAGGCUUCGGGGUCCAAGACCUUGACCAAGAGCGAGCAAGCAGAUCUGAACCUCCAGCUCUGGGAAGCUGCCAAGAAUGGGGAGACCGAUGCUGUGGUCAAGCUGCAUGCUGCUGGGGCACAGGUGAAUUUCUAUGAUCCAGAGCUCCUGCAGUCUACGGCACUUCACUGGUCGGCUACCAACGGGCAUGUCGACACGACGGCGAAGCUCAUCGAGCUCGGGGCGAGCGUCUUUCCUACCAACCAGCACGGUUGGACCGCUCUCCAUCACGCGGCGAACUGGGGAUAUUCCGAAGUUGCCAGAGUCCUGAUCAAGAACGGAGCCGAUGCGAAAGCCAAGUCUGAGAGCGGGAAGACCCCUCUCGAUGCUGCUCUUUUCAAGGGGUACUCCAACGUCGUGGAAGUUUUUCGCGAGAUGCUCCCCGACGACUUCACCAGCUUCUUCGAGGAGGAGGAGGUGAAGCGCAAGCCCAUCGAGGGCUUCACCCCCGACCUCUCCCCCACCAACUCGAAGCGGGAGACCGUCUACACGGAGUGGAAGGAAUCAUGGGGACAGCAAUUUUGA